UCUAUCUAUAUAUAAUUAACUACAUACAUGUACAUUUAACAUCACUUCAUAUUUCAUACCUUAAAAUUAUAUAUUAGCAACAACAACAACAACAAAAAUACUAUACAUUAUAGUGAGAUGAUGAUGAUGAAAGACGCUGGAUUCGAGCACGUUCUUCGAUAUUUCGACGAAGAUGGUGAUGGAAAAGUUUCACCUAAAGAGCUAAGGCAAAAGUUGAGAGAAAUGGGAGAGGAGGUUUUGUUGAAAGAAGCUGAAAUGGCUAUUGAAGCAAUGGAUUCAGAUGGUGAUGGAUAUUUGAGUUUGGAGGAUUUGGUUACUUUGAUGGAGGAAGGUGGAGAGGAACAAAAGUUGAAGGAUUUAAGAGAAGCAUUUGAGAUGUAUAAUGAUAGUGAUAAAUGUGGAUUUAUAACACCAAAGAGUUUGAAAAGGAUGCUUAAGAAAAUUGGUGAGUCUAAAUCUAUUGAUGAAUGUAAAGCUAUGAUUAAGCAUUUUGAUUUGAAUGGUGAUGGUGUGCUUAGCUUUGAUGAAUUCACACAAAUGAUGCAGUGAUGAUGUAUAUGUUUUUUUUUUUUAUUCAUUUUUGUGUAAUAUCAUCUAUAGAGUAGCUGGUGGAUUUUAUUAAUUUAAUUUAAAUUGUUUACAUACAAAAUACAAUUCAUUGUGUAUAAAGUUUUUUUAUGCUUUGUAAGACUCGUUUAUUACUUUGUGUUGUCUAUUCGAUUUCGUCCAAAUAUCUGUUUUGA